AUGCUCGCGGUGGAGCAGGAGGUCCUGCGUGGGGCCGGCGGCGACGCCCGCCUGCUCAGCCAAAUCCACGACGAGCUCGUCUUCGCGGUGAGGGCCGAGGCCCUGCGCGAGGUCGUCCCCCGCAUCGUCCACGCCAUGACCCACGCGAUGUCCCUCCUCGUCCCGAUCGGCGUCCACGUCAAGGUCGGGCCCUCGCUGGGGGAGCUCCGCGAGUGGUCGAUCGACCACGAUCUCGGGAUCCAGUGA